UUGCAGAGCUUUACCGACUUGCCGCGCUGGACCCCGGCGUCCCGCCAGCCUCAAAGCGUGGCCGACCGGCGGGCGGGUACCCGAGGUGCUAGAGAGUUAGGAUUGGGGGAGGAAGGCCGGGCUUUGAGUACGUCCCUCUGGAUCCCUAAAAGGAUUCAGAAGAGAAUCGGGAGCUAGAAGCCGGACGCCUAGGUCUCCCGAGCGUCUCUCGGCCCCCACCCGGGGCUUUCCCCACCUCCUCGAGGGGAAGCAGCUGGCUCCGGUCGCAGGACAAUGGAAGGAAACCAACUAGAAAUCAUAUCCGCCACCUCACUACCCCGCCCAGUCAGAGUACCCCUUUUUUUGAGGACCCUUUAGAGGAGCCUGCCACUCACACCACACCCUCCCACUAUCUGAGACCCCACGGGAGCCCACUAACCUCCCUAACCUGGUGCCUCGCUGGGCUCCUCCUUUCUCCUUUUUCCCUUAAUACCAUGCAUGGGACGGAGGAGUUUUGCUGUAUUCACUUUCUUCUGCAACAGGCUCCUAGUAUCUUCUCCCAAAAGCCACCACACCAAUUUUCUGUCCCAGGCCCUCCAACCACCCAGGUCCCAUACUUCCAACCUCGAUGUCCCCAGCUUCCUCCCCACUUCCAACAUUCCCAUCCUCAGUUCCACUCUCUGUGGCUCAAGACCCCUUACUUUUCAGUUACGACCACCCCGCGUUCCUGAGGUCCCGCCCUGGAGCCGGAGACCCCGCCCCGGGCUUGCCAUCUGGAGAGCGAGGGAGGAAGGAAGGAUACAGAUCCAGGCGGUCACCCCACCUCCACCCCCGCCCCCGACAUCCCGGCGCGAUAAAGGCGCCGGGGCCAAGAGGGGAGAUAGACCCGCCUCCCUUGAGAAGAGAAGCCGCAGCCCCUGCGGGACGGGGGUAAGAGCGAGAGACUUAGGGGGCCAGACUCCUGGGUACCCUAAGAGGGGUUGGAGUUUGUUGAUGAUAGGAAGACUGAGUCCCCAAAAUUGGGCUCAACUUGGAGUCGGGGACCAGACAGAAGCAGAAUUCAGUGGUUCAGGGAACGGAGCUUCGACUGGGAGUAGGAGGUGGGGACCGCAGGUCGUCUGGGAUCUCUGGGCAGGUGGGAUAUCUGAGACGCAGGUGCGCAGCGCAGCAGAGGGGAGUGGGGGUGCCAGAGGGUUACUAGGAGUCAAAUGAAGGGCGCUGCGCGCUGGAUUCCACACGUUCUCCAUCGACGCCGGGUUUUGGGAACCUUCAACCCGCCCCGAGUGCUGUGGGAUCUGGAAGAGCGAGAGGAGCGCAGAACGAUCUAGAUGAAUUAAGUGAGGGUGCGUGGGCCGGGGCCAGGACUCUAGCUACACCUUAGGAGGAAAAGGCAAACUGAGGACGGGAAGGCGUUGGGUCUUCCCUGUUACGACUGCCUGGAUCCCUGAGCCCUCUCCACGGCACCCACAGGCCGGCGUCGCCAUGGGUUCCACCGCAGCCCCGAACGGAGCGCUAGGUUACGUCCGCGAGUUCACUCGCCACUCCUCCGACGUGCUCGGCAAUCUGAAUGAGUUGCGCCUGCGCGGGAUACUCACUGACGUCACGCUGCUGGUUGGCGGGCAACCCCUCCGGGCGCACAAGGCUGUUCUUAUCGCCUGCAGUGGCUUCUUCUAUUCCAUUUUCCGGAGCCGUGCGGGAGUGGGGGUGGACGUUCUCUCCCUGCCUGGGGGCCCGGAAGCUGGAGGCUUUGCUCCCCUUCUGGACUUCAUGUACACUUCACGCCUGCGCCUCUCGCCGGCCACUGCCCCAGCUGUCCUUGCAGCUGCCACCUACUUGCAGAUGGAACAUGUAGUCCAGGCAUGCCACCGCUUUAUCCAGGCCAGCUAUGAACCUCUGGGCAUCUCCCUGCGUCCCUUGGAAACAGAGCCCCCCACACCUCCGACGGCCCCUCCUCCCGGCAGUCCCAGGCGCUCCGAAGGGCACCCAGACCCACCUACUGAGUCUCGCAGCUGCAGUCAAGGUCCCCCCAGUCCAGACCCCAAGGCCUGCAACUGGAAAAAGUAUAAGUUCAUCGUGCUAAACUCUCAGGCCUCUCAAGCAGGGAGCCUGGCAGGAGAGAGGAGUUCUGGUCAACCUUGCCCCCAAGCCAGGCUCCCUAGUGGAGAUGAGGCCUCCAGUAGCAGCAGCAGCAGUGAAGAAGGACCCAUUCCUGGUCCCCAGAACAGGCUUUCUCCAAUUGCUGCCACCAUACAGUUCAAAUCUGGAACUCCAGCCAAUACCCCCCAUCUCCUCACACCCCAGGCUCAAGAGACCACUGGGUCACCCUCUGAGCGGGUCCGUCCACCACCAGGAAGUGAUUUUGUCAGCUGCCAGAAUUGUGAGGCUAUGGCUGGGUGCUCAUCGGGGCUGGACCCCUCAGCUCCUGGGGAGGAGGACAAGCCCUACAAGUGUCAGCUCUGUCGCUCUGCCUUCCGCUACAAGGGCAACCUCGCCAGUCACCGCACCGUGCACACAGGAGAGAAGCCGUACCACUGCUCCAUCUGCGGAGCCCGCUUUAACCGGCCUGCAAACCUGAAGACACACAGCCGCAUCCAUUCAGGAGAGAAGCCCUAUAAGUGUGAGACCUGUGGCUCGCGCUUUGUCCAGGUAGCGCAUCUGCGUGCACACGUGCUGAUUCACACUGGGGAGAAACCCUAUCCUUGCCCCACCUGUGGGACGUGCUUCCGCCACCUACAAACCCUCAAGAGCCACGUUCGCAUCCACACAGGAGAGAAGCCUUACCACUGCGAUCCAUGUGGCCUGCAUUUCCGGCACAAAAGUCAACUGCGGCUUCAUCUGCGCCAGAAACACGGAGCUGCCACCAACACCAAAGUACACUACCAUAUCCUGGGGGGCCCUAGCUGAGGCGGGCCCAGGCCCCACUCGCCCCCUGGGAGCUGCCACCAACACCAAAGUGCACUAUCACAUUCUAGGGGGCCCUAGUUGAGGUGGACCCCGGCCUCACUUGCCUCCUGGGAACCGAGAUGCUGUGGGCUCAGGCCUGGCUUCUCCCGGGUCACACUUGGGCAUGGGAGUGUGCAAGGCCCUAACAGUAUCAGAAAUUGCCACCACCUUGAUUUCUUACUGGGAAGAGCUGGGGUGGCAGGUCCCGGCUAGAUCUGCCUCUGUUUUGCUGGCCAAAACCUCUUCCCCACAACCAAAAUUGUCUCUGAGGAGAGCAAGCUAGGGGCUAGGAGAGGGGAGAGACUGGAGGCCUGGUUGCCUUAAGGGAACAGCCUUUAACCCGCACCCCAUCUCAUUCAGUUUAUGUGUAAAUAUAAUUUAUUGAGGCCUUUGGGAGGCACCAGGGCCUUCAUUCUAUUGCAUUUCCCAGUUCCCUUUUCCACAAGUGUGAUUCACAAGUGACCCAACACACAGAAUGUGAGGUCACAGCUCUGCUGGCAGAGAUUAGCAUUUGGCCUUCUCCUUUGGCUUGAGUAUUUUAUAUUAAGGUAUCUGUAGAAUUGUUCUUUAUGCUAUUUGUGUGCCUGUUGGUUUGUUUAAAAUGGAGAAAGGGGUUCCCUAUGUUCUGCCCUGCUAUUUCUAGGUCUGGAUCCUUUCAUUUGCUCUAGGGCAGCUCUGGAAACAUGGGAUUGUAGAAUUGGGUCAGGAACCCUCUCUGGUAUUCUGGAUGUUGUAGGUUCUCUAGCAGGCUAGAACUGGAUCUAGAUUUUUCUCUGUUCUUCAAGAGUGAUAGGAACCUUUAUGGUGAGCCUGAGGUGGAAGUAGUAAAUGCCUCCUAGAGGCUGUAGGUAUGGUGGUUGGUAGUCUUGCUUGCAAGGUGAUCUAGAACCUAAACUGUCCCACUAAUCUGGUCACUGAGGUCUGGCUUCACUGUGGUUCUGCAUACAAGUCUAGGGUUCUAGACACAAAUCUAUCAUGAUAGAGCUCACACAGAGGCUUGAGUUGAGCCCAUAAUCCUCCCAUGGGGGUCUGUUCUUGGCUCCAGGUAGAUCCUUCCACAGGAGAGAAAUCUGAAAUUCCUUAUCAGAGGUGAUGUGACUUCUGAUCCUGCCAGCCUUUAAGAAUGUUAUGACCUACGGAAGAAUUAGAAAACUCUUUACCUUGACUAAAUCUGAGACAUGACCUAUUCUUUACUGAAGAGGCAUCUGGAUCUUGAAUGAUCCUUGGGCUUUUCUCUACCAGAGAUGGGCCCCUUCUUCCUUGAACAGAUUUUUUGAUAUUAUCUGGCAAAUGUCUAGAUUCCAGAAACUUCUCCUUUGCCUCUAUAAGUCACAGGUGCUUGGUAACUUUCUUACCUUAGAAAAGCUGGGUCUGUGACCCAGUCUUUCUGUCACUGCAUUCCUGCCUGACACCAGUGAGUGCACUAGAACCUUCCACAGGGAGGAAAAAAGGGCUGAGUUCCAUUCUGGGAUUGCUGUAGAUUAUGGUUGAUAUUACUGAUGGGAUUAAAAGUUUAAAAGGUUCCUUGUGAUUGAUUGACGGACAGAUCAAAGGCCCCUUCUAGUUAACCAGUCUCCUGGUAGGAUUGAGAGGUUGGUUAAGGGGAACAGUUUCUGGUGUAGGCCAAGUAGGGGGAGUGGGAUUACCUCUUGGCUGGGUGGAGUAUCUUGAAUGUUGGAUGAUACUCCUUGAUUUACAGUCCUGCACCUUGUUGCCCUGAGGAUUAUUUGAUUAAGGGAUAUGGGGUGGGGGUAAAGAGCACUUUUGGAUUUGUAAGGUAGAGGUUCCUCAAGAUAGGUCAGUACUAGUGGGUGUCACUUGGGGACUGGUGAGAAAGCUACUCUUCUCCCUCUUUUCUUCUAGCUCCCCAUUGCUGCAUUGCAGAAUUGGGGAAGGAGGGAGGGAAAACAGAGGAGAGAUGUGAGAAGGAAUUAUGGUUUUUAUUUAGUAGAUUGGAUGGGCAGGUGGAAAGUGCCUGGGGGUGGAGGACCACUGUGGAGAUGUUAGAUUUUUGCAAGAUCAGAUUCUUGGAAUAAAGAAGCCUCUCAGUGUUGCCUGGUGUGUCCUGGGUUCUUGCCAAUGGGAAGCUGGGGACUGAGGGAAGCUGGGAGUUUAGGGAAGAACGGUCUUGCCUCCUGGAUACCGUCUUAGAUUCUGUGCCUGUUCUAUCAUCCCAUCCCACCAGACAUUUUCAACAGCCUUUGCUCUCCCCUUCCCCGCCCUUGCCUUCCGGUUCAUUGUGUAGGGACCUGUGACUUCAUGACGUUUCUCCGGAGCCACCUGCAUCCUGCUGCUCUGAAGUCACUUCCUGCCUGAGGUGUGGAGGCGUCAGGGAGAAAGCUGAAACCCACCAAUAACACCAAGAAGUUGGGGGAUGAGUCUGUGCUGGGAAUCUUAAUGCUUGGGACCCCACCACCGAGGAAUAGGAUGAAGUGGGGGAAAUGGGUAGGAUUUGGGUCCUCUGAGGAUAGUGGGCUAGAGGGGGCAGUGUGAAGGCUGUGUAGUUAGAGACAACAUGCCAACUCCACCCUCCCCAGCAAUGGUGUCUUGGUAUCUAUCCAGGCCCAGUGCAUUGCUCCUCUCCCACCCUUGUCCUGGGUGUGUCCUGGGUGUGCACAGAUAUGUUCUGACCCAAGGGCAAAGGAUCACUAAUUCUGAUAAGUUACCCUCCUUUGGGCCUUACAUUCCUUAUCUGUGAGAUAAAUCAGUUAACAUGGUCUCUCAAGUUCCUCCUAGCCUGAACAGUUGUGUUUCUCAAUGUUGUAAAACCCAUGACCUGGAUUAAAUAUUGAAAAACAAAAAAGGAGAAGGAGAAAGAAAACCAAAACUAAAACUUCUGUCUUUACCCGCUACUACAGUUUAUCUCCUGUUGAGAAUAAAAAGACCAGCUAUUAUUACUUAUCUCCUCCUACAUCCCAGGCCCUAAACUAAGCAUUUUAGUGCAUGAUUUUCUGAUUCAACUUGCCUCCCCCCAAAAAAUACAGCCCUCAAAAAUAGAUACUAUUAUUAUCCCAAAUUAAUAGAUGAGGAAACCAACUGUGACUUGACUCUAGAAAGUAAGCUCUUAGCCACUGUUACACAGCCAUACCUCUCCGUGUGUUUUCGGCAUCUUCCCCAUCAGCCAAGGUUUUGUCUCUACUUACAGAAAAAAAAAAGUAAGAAAGAACAAUAGGGUAUGGCUAUUUUCAUUUUCCACAUAUAAAAUUAUAAGGCUUAGACUUAGACUUUUAAACUAUACAGCUUCCCUCCUUUCUUCUUUCUGGUAUGCCUCUCUCCCCACUGGUCUGGGUUUGAGCCCUUUAGCCCAAGGUUUCGAGGUCCUGGGGAGCUUGAAUGAUAAUGAGGAAUAGGAAACAUACCGUGCCAAGCAACAGAAUGUUGCUAGAAACGUGAACGUCAAAUGUGCCUCCGGUGAAACUUUAAAAGAAAAUGAUGAACACGUGAUUGGGCAAUGGAGGAGGGGCGAUGCUUUUUAUGCAGUGGCAAGGAACUUGACUUAAUUAUGUUCAGAUGUUUGGUAGAAGGUAGAACUUGUAAGUGAUGAACUUGGAUAUCUGGCUGAUGAGAUUUCUAAGCAAGAUCAUAAAGGGACCUCACCACUACCAAGAAAGAGGAGCUGGGAGUGAAGCAUGGCUUUUGGACCUGGGGUCCCUGUGCUGAGAACCUCCUAGAUCCAGGGGAAGGUCCAGGCCAAGACACAUGGAGAUCUCCAAGGAACGCCAGACCUACAGUUGUUGAAAGGAGAUGAGAACUUUCCCCCAGCACCAACACAGAAAGAAAGCCUUGCCCCAGAGCCAGCACCCUGAUUUUGGACUUGUAGCCUCCUAAACUGUGAGAUGAUGCACUUUUGUUUGCUAAAACCACCCACUUGUAGUAUUUCUCUUACAGCAGCACUAUUGGUGCUAUAUAUAGUGGAGGGAGAGACCUGGUGGUGUAGCGGUUAAGAGCUCGGCUGCUAACCAAAAGGCCAGCAGUUUGAAUUCACCAGCUGCUCCUUGGAAACCCUAUGGGGCAGUUUUACUCUGUCCUAUAGGGUCGCUAUGAGUCAGAAUCGACUCACAUCAAUGGGUUUGGUUUGGUUUUAUUUAUAGUGGAGGGUCUGGGGUGUACUUGCUAGGGACCUGGGUACUGGGAAGGUAGGAAGGGCUGACUGCUCCAGUGGCCAGGGUCAUGGCCUGUCUCUUUAGUCUUUCCACCAUGAAAUUUAAAAAAAAAAAAAGCUUGGGAAGUGGCUGUUUCUAGGGCAGAGGAAAAGGUUCCAGCCCCACUGAGGAAGGGGUAGGUGGUGUUGGUGGGGCCCUUGGUGAACUCACAGCCACCCUUCCUCUCAGCUAUUUUUGUUCUCUGUGACCUGUAGGUUUCCUGUUGGUAGGAACAGAAUCAAAAGUUCCCACCAGGAGUUCACCAGCUCCUUCCCCUUUUCUCUUCUCUUGUUCUUUGAACCCCUCAGGAACUCAGGGAUCCAGGCAUCUAGAUUGUAGGAGCUGAGUUAGUGCCUCAGGAGCUCUGCCUGGAAUGUCGUCUGAGUCUCAUCUCAUAACUUCUCUCCCCCACCAAGGACUAUGCAACUCCUGGGCCCCUCAUUAAGCAACUCAGCGCUUUCCAUACCUGAACCUGUUCACCCAUCAGCCCCCCUCAC